UGUAGAUAGAGAGAACACUAGCCGAAAAUUCCUGCAAGACCCUAUUCAGGAUAGGGGUACAGACAAAUAUGAGGACCGAUUGCGGGUUAAGGAGAAAUCGUGCAAAGUGGGUGAGUCAAGCCAAAGUAAGGAAAGCAAAGUCAAGGGAAGCAAGAGCAAGGAGGGUAAGGGCAAGGAGGGCAGGAGUGUGAGUCCAUUCAAGUGGAUGGGGGGGAAGAAUGGCAGCAGGAGCGAGGGGAAUGAGGACGGUGAGACAAGCAGGGUGGAAAGCAGGGAUGGUGAGCGGAAUGAGCGGAAGAUGAGCCCUGCGUUGACGAGAAAGGGAAGCAGGAAAGACAGGCUGAGGCAGAGCCGUAGCCAUGGGGGUGAUACUGAUUGCGGUGAUGGUGUUGCUGAUGCUAAUGGUUAUGGCGAUGCUGGUGCUGGUGGCGGUGGUGGUGGUGGUGGUGGUGGUUAUGCUGAUGGCGAUGGUGGGGUUGGUCGUUCUGGGAUGCCCGGCAGUGCUGGUCGUGUUGGUGGCAAGGGGUUGGCCAAGGGGCAGAGGCGCAUGUCUUGGGAUGGCAUUGGCCCGUAUGCUGAUGUGGGUGAGAGUGUGGACAGCCUAGGACAGGCCAAGGGGAGGGUGAAAGGAGAGAGGAAAGGAGGGGCUCACAGGAAGAGUCGUGUGGGAGAGGAUGGUAGGGAGGUGGAUGUGCAUGUGGGGGGAGAGAAAGGGAUGGUUGGGGGGGAUGGUGGGAAGUGGGAGGAAGAGCUAGAAGGCGAGGAGAGUGGAGGGAAGGAGGUGGGGAUGGUGUUGGAUGGGAGGAGGAGUAAAGUGCAAGCGGACACGAUUCCGCGCGCCGUUUGGGCGGACAUUCACCGGAGCUCGCUCAAAAAGCGCACGGGCGUGAGUCUGAGCUACAUGAUGAGCUUCCGCCCGCGGCCCACGGAGGCGUCGUCGCUGGUGGCAUCGGCGCGCUUCCUGCACAACGAGCUGCCCAUCCGCUUCGCGCACCGCAUCGCGGAGCUUGACCACCUGCCGCACGGCCUCUCGCACAUGCCCCACGUGCUCAAGGUGCGGGAGUGGUACGUGCAGUCGUUCAUGGAUCUGCGCAACUUCCCCGAGGUGCAGGGCGCAGAGGAGGAGGUGGCGUUCACGCGCCUCAUAGAGCGCAUCAAGACACGCCACAACCACACCGUGCCCUGCAUGGCGCUCGGCAUUGCUGAACUCAAGAAACGCCUGCAGGUGGACAACCCAUGGCUGCCCAUGGACAAGUUCCCCGAGGUGCAUCAGUUCCUGGACCGCUUCUUCCUCUCUCGCAUCGGCAUCCGUAUGCUCAUCGGGCAGCAGAUAGCGCUGCACAAGACAGGGCCGGGCAGGGAGAGCAUGAUCGGGCUGAUAGACACCAAGUGCCGCCCCUUUGAAGUGGCCAGGAAUGCCAUUGAUGACGCCAGAACGCUCUGCAGUCGCACCUAUGGCAAUGCUCCCGAGGUCCACGUGUUUGGGGACCCCACCUUCACCUUCCCCUAUGUGCGCACGCACCUCCACCACAUGCUGUUUGAGCUGCUCAAGAACUCCCUCAGGGCUGUGCAGGAGCGAUUCCCAGACACCCAGCCACCGCCAGUGCGCGUGGUGGUGGCCGAUGGAAUCGAGGACGUGGCUAUCAAGGUGUCAGACGAGGGGGGAGGGAUCAAGCGCAGCGGCUUGCCUCGCAUCUGGUCCUACCUCUACAGUACAGCUUCCAUACCCACUCCUCUACGCCAACCCCCAAACCCUCUCAACCCCAGCGAACCCCAACCCCCCUCACCUGCUCCCUCGGGUCCUUCCACUCCCGGCACCUCGCCUCCCUCCACCCCUUCCUCUCCAUCUGCCAUUUCUCUCGCCUCCUCUCCUGCCUCCUCGGCUGCAUCGUCCCCCCGCCCAUCCCGGUUCACUCCUAUAGGCAGUAGUUUUGCCGAGCCAUGGGAUUUGACAGAGGAGAAUGGGGGAGUGGGAGUAGAUGAAGUGGGGGAUGAAGUGACUGUGAGCACGAUGGCAAGCGCUGACGGGGAGGAGUUGCCGAGCGUUAUUGCUGGUUACGGUUACGGGUUGCCGAUUGCUCGACUCUACGCGCGAUAUUUCGGGGGUGACCUGCAAAUAUUCAGCAUGGAAGGAUAUGGUACUGAUGCCUAUCUACACCUCAACCGACUCAGUAACGUGCAGGAGCCUCUUCCGUGA